UUCUCAUAAAUUCUUUUGUUCUUAGAACCCUGUCAUCAUUCAUUCUUCUCACUGCUAACUGCUUCGGGUUUGUCUUUCUUCUCUGCGCUCUGUUUAUAAUUAUUUAUUAUUAUUAAUAUUAUUAUUAUCAGUCCAUUACUUUAAUAAUGCUUUGGUCCUGCUUUUUAAAUUAUACAGAAAUUUUAGUAGAGUAUGCAUGCUCCAUAAUAACUAGCAAGUUGAUAACGUGAAUACAUCAAUUUUAUAUAGACCUCAUUGUUAUAAAAUUAAUACAUGUAAUACUUUACUAAUUAAAUUUAUUGAGCAUGUUAACUAACAUGUUAACAUGCUCAAUAAAUUUAAUUAUUAUAAAUAAGAUAGAAUUGCUCCAUAGUGUAAUACGGAAGGCUUUGAGGCUGAGGAUCUAUAUAUACUUUGUUUAAGUGUAGUCCGUUGUACAUAGUAUGUUACUAAAGUUCACAUGUUACUAAGUUGAUGGAAAAAGGAUGUCAGAAUUCCUAAAGGAGAGGUUUCCUGUUUGAUUCUGAGCAAAGGCUUGGACCAUAACUUACUACUCUUCCAUUUUAGUCUCAUGUGAAUGUCUCAUCGGUUCUAAGGCACUCAGAGAUGAGUUGUGUCCCCUUUUUAAGGGAGAAUUUGACUUUGCGGUCCAUAUUUCGGUUAAUAUUUGAUUUGCACUCUAUUUUCAAAAUCUUUAAUUUAUGCAUCCCAACUAAUUAUAAAAUUAUAUGAUUUGCACCUCAAUAUGAGCGGUAAAGUCAAAUUCCGAAUACUACGAGAAAUAAGCCGGAGGUUUAUAGCCCGUUUGGUAGCACCAAAAUCGGCUGUUUUGGCUGAUUCUGCUGAAAUCUAUGAUAUUCUGGCUGGAGUGGCUGUUUUGGCUGAUUCUGCUAAUUUAAGAAAAAAAUAUUUUAAAAAUAUAUUUUAUUAAUAAAUUAAAGAAAAAAUUAUAUGUAAAAAUAGCUAAAAUGGUCAUCUACAGUAACUUCAGCCAAUACAGCCAGAAAAUAACUCCAACCUUACUUUUUCGGCUUAUUACACAAUUCAGCGCGCGAAAGUAAAAGUUACGUGUUUGGUGAAAAAGCUGGCUGAUAAGCCUGAUAAGCCGAAAACAGAGUUUUCCAAACGGGCUCUUAAUUAAGUUUAGAUCAAAUUUGUGGGAUGGUACAGCACAGAUGGAGGUGAUGGUUAACCGUGAUUUGCUAACAUGUGCCUCCCAUUCACGCCCUCAUCUCCUUUCCGCCUUCUUCACGCGCCCCCGCCGCCCUGGCUGUGCCACUCAGGUAUUUAGACCAGCCUUCUUACUCUUUGAAGAGACUGACUCAAAUAGUCAAAUUGGAUUUUACAAAAGUGAUACUACCUCUGUCCCACUAUGGCUAUGUUUGGCGGGCAUAAGUCCCUGACUUCUAGCUUUUGUACUGUUCAAAAAGUUCCUAAAAGCUUCUAAUUGUGUGUUUGGCAUGACAAUAUUUAAGAGCUUUUCAAAAAUUAAAAGAUCUUUUUUGAGAUGCUACCGGGAGUAGCAUCUAAGAAAAACUAGUGACUUUUAGUAUUAAUUAAUCCUAACAGCUUGUAUACCAAAUCGAACUAAAUCAAACAGUCAGCUUUUCAUCAAACAGCUACCACCUUUUAUUUUUAAGAUCUUUUCAGUCACUAAAAGCUAACAGCUAUUAAAAAGCUCACAAAAGUAUCUUUUCAGCUAGUUGUACCAAACAUGCCCUAUGUUUGGGAUAAAGAGGUGUGACACAACUUUUAAGAAAUAAUCGAAUUGUGUGAUUGGUAUUGACUAUUGAAUUCAUAAAGUGUGAAAAAAAGUAAGAAUGAAUUGUAAUCAUUCAAAUAUUAUCAAAUAUGGUAUGGGACAAACUUAAUAGGACGGACGAAAAAAGAUAAAACGUGACAAAAUUAGGGGGACGGAGGGAGUACGUACUUGAUCUGUAGUUAGACUAGUAUAUACGUAGUAUUAAAGCCAUCAGACGUUUGAGUGGGAGAGAUAUACUACGUUCGUCCCAAAUUGAUUUACAAAUUUGACUUUUUUUGUCAAACAAUUUCAUUUUAUUCACUUAAUUAGAAUGUCGAUUUUUAAUCAUAUUUUAAUUUAGAGUUUGCAACUUUAAAGCUAUUUUAAUUUUCAAAUUAGUUCACGAAAUUUCGGACUUCUCUCUAGGGUUUCGCAGCCCUUAGAGCUUUUUUUCCGUCUUCGGUUAUACGAAGGACGACUAAAUUUCUCCUCGGCGAUCUUCAUCCACGGAAGUCCGCUUCCGCUAUUUGGUGGAGUCGAGCGAGGUUUCGUUGUUACUUCGGUCUUGAUUGCUGACCGUGAGGUUGGGCGAGAGCAGAGAAGCAUUUUUUCUCUUGUCGAGUGCGGGACGAAGAGUGUUGCAAGGACUUCGAGUAGGCCAGAUUGCGUUCGACAAUGGAGGAUCAAUUAGCAUGGUACGGUGGAACGACCUCCUCCUGAACCACCACCAUGGGUUGUAAGAGGUGCAGGAGUCCGUGAAAGUUUUCCUAGUAAUUUUUACGGAGUAUCUGUUUGUCAUUUGUUUUCUUGUGUCCAUCUUUGUUGUUGGUUUUGACAGUUUGUUUGAGUUUUUAGUCUCUCUUUAUGUCAUUGGGUAUGGUUGGAUCUAUGGGAACAGGUUUGGUUGUGUCAAGCCCACUGCAUGGUUAGCGAUUCGUGUUGCUCUUUCAGGGGUGACCGUUUCAAAGUCUGAUCAUAGGGUUUACCGUCGUAGUUUUUGGAGUUUAGUUGGUGUCAGGUUUAUUUUCCUUUUGUUUGAUGUAAUGAUCCUGAAUUUUUUGAUAUGAAUAGAGACAUGUUUUAAUGAUCAAAACUUUAAAGCUAUUUUAAUGUAAUUUAUGAAUAUGUAAAUAUUAUUUAUUAAAAAUUGAACUAAUUAUUGAUAGAGAUGAUUGACUUUUAUUAUUGGUUAACUUUGAAAACAAUUUGGGACGAGAGGGUAUGCUAUUCCAAGUCAAAAAAACAGUGAUAAACAGUUAAAUUGAUCGAUUUUCCAAAGUAAGAAUAUAUUUGUAUGAUACUCCGUAUUUUUUAGUAUACAUAGAAACUUAAGUUACGGAUAUAUUGAAUAUUGUAGAAGGAUGCAUUUGAUUCUUUUCCCAACAUUUAUAUCUCAAAGAUUAACAAAUGUGCUCUCAAUCACGUUAUAAAUAUUUUUCAUCUAAAAGAUCUCUGUAUCUAGCAUCCUCAAUCAAUUUAAGAGCAUGUUUGGCAGACAUAAGUCUUGCCUUCUAGCUUUUGUACUGUUCAAAAAGUCUCUAAAAGCUUCUAGUUGUAUGUUUGGCAUAAUAAUUUUCAAGAGUUUUCCAAAAUUAGAUCUUUUUUGAGAUACUAUCAGGAAACCGGUUACUUACCGACCGAAAGGGCUUAAUUGAACGUUUUUUAAUAGUUUGAGGACUUAAUUGAGUGUUUGUAAAGUACGAGAGCCUAAUCGACUUUUUCGGUAUAGUACGGGGGCUUAUUUGAUAGUUUUCCCUUUUUUUAUCAAACACUAUCAACUUUUAUUACUAAUCACUUUUUUCAUAACACUUCAAAACUGCUUUUUUUAAGCAGAAGCUAUGGUUGCAAACACUCCCUUAGCAUCAUUCCUUUGUGUUUUCUUUUGCAAAGAAUGAACUAUUAAUGAGAACAUUGAGAAGAGGGAAGAAGUUAGUACAGAAUAUUUAAAUACUUGGAUGUCAAUCUUUUUUGUGGUCCCAUUUCAUCACUAGACUAGAUGUGCAUUCGACCAUUCAGUUAACCUUAACCCCAUAAGUAGAGUCAAUAAACUACUACGUAAUUUACUAGCCAGUGAUAAUCCAUGUUGUGUGUAGGCUUGGCCCGGGUUCGAUCUGACCGACCAGUGAACCGGCCCGGCCCGGUACUGUUUGGGACCGGCCCGGUGAACCGGGACCGAUUCCAAGCCUAGGACCAGCCCGGGGUGUUAGGGCGGGGCGGGUACAGGUCACCCCAUUCUUUGGAACCGACCGGCUGGGUCGGGCCUAGUUUGGGUCUUUUUUUAAUUUUUUUGUUUUUCCCGGGUUGGACUGGGUGUUUUGGAGUGUUUUGGGGGUGAGGAGGGGGUCGGGAGUUAAUCAGAAAAGCCAAAUAUAUAUAGGGGUGGGGUCACGUACAAACUAGUCUUCUCAUGCUAACCUACAAACUGUCACAAACUAUACAUCUUUACAUUAUUUGUACUGCAUAUUGAAGUUCAAAGUGAUGCAUAUUAUUUGUACUUCAUAUUAAAGUUCAAAGUGUUGCAUAUUAUUUGUAUUGCAUAUUGAAAUUCAGUGUGCAUCUUUACAUUAUUUGUAUUGCAUAUUGAAGUGCAAAGUGUUGCAUGUUAUUGAGUUUAUAGGUUAGUAUUUUAAGCAUGAUUUGUAUUUGAUCUCUUAUUUAUAUAUAUAUAUAUAUAUAAACCGGCCCGAGAUCGGACCGGCCCGGACCCGGUGGAAACUCGGGCCGGUUCCGGGCCUUCACCCAAUAUUAAAAAGCCCGGUUCGGGACCGGCCCGGAACCGGUCCAUACCUAAUUGUGUGGACGAAUAGCAUUACCAAUAGCAGGUUUUGGAACACAUUUGAUGCAAUAUGGCACUGAGCCAAUUCUAAAUGAAAGGCCAACUCAAUGAUCACUUCCAGAACCCAAUCGGAUCAAAAGUGCACAUGGAUGAAACCAAAUGCAAGGAGGUAGAUGCCCAACCCUGUGAAGGUGAGGAUUGGGUUGACGCAUGCAUUGAUGGGAAUGAUGGCAAUGACAGAGGAGAAGAUCCGAAAAACAGCCCUAAUGAGAAUGAUAAAAACGCUCCUGGAGGGACAAGAGGAGAGAGUGAUAGUACGGGUCAUGGCAAUAGCAAAGAAUAUGGAGAGGAUGAAGAAGAGGGUGAUGAUGGAACCAACGAAGGUCACACUCAUAACAACAAUGAUGACAAAGAUGACGAUGAAGAUAGCGAUGAAUACUUUAACAAUCACAAUGAUAGUGAAGAUGAGGAGGAAGAAGAUGUUGAUGGUAGAGGUGAAGAUGAGGAUGAAGCUGCGUACCAAAAUAAUCAAGAUGGUCAAGGCCCUGAAACAACAGACAAAGAGGGUGAUGAAGAUGACGAAGCUCCCCAGCCUCCAAAGAAGAGGAAAGUGUGAAGCAAGACCCCCCUGACUGACUUCAAUUUACUUUCUAAUCAUAACGUGCAAGACAAUUAUGAAUUUCUAAUAGAUGUCCAAGUUUCUAUAUUUCAUUUCAUUUAAAAGGCUUUGAUUGGUUAGCCAAUUGAGCAAACAAUCACAUGUCAGCAUAAUUCAUUGCACAACCUUUAAGAACUCCA